AUGGAAAUCAAUUCGCCACAGCCAGAGCACGCUCAAUUGAGCUGUCCCCGGGUUCAUCCAAAGACGGCCGUUUCCGGCCGUCUUUUGGCUGCGUUGCACCAACAAGUGGUCAAGGCUACAAGCACUGAACACCACAUUUUCGGGGUUUCUACGUCGACUGGAAUCGACGGGGCCUCGGGCUCCAUCGAUGGAGCUCUGCUAGAGCCCGCUAUUACGGAAAACCAGCUAAUCCCAUCGCCACCUUUGUCACCCAAACUCGUUGCCCACGACGUCGACAACGCGUUCGAUGAAGACAGUGUGAAGACAUCAGAGUCCUCAGAGCACCACGAUUCUAUGCUGGUAAGACCGCUGUACGACUCGGAGAUCUCACCCAGGCGGUAUCGGACCGCAAUGCUGGGAUUUCUGGCCCAGUACCGAUGCGUGGACCUUUCCCGCUCCCAUAAACGAAGCUCUGCAAACUCCAACUACAAAACACUGCGCAGAACCCGCAAUUACACUUUGUCAUCCACAGGACAUUUCUCAAAUCACUCUGGGAACUCCGAUUUCGAGCGGUCCUAUCGCACACGGCGGGUCACGGGUGGCCUUGCCAAUGGCGCUGGCCCUCGUGGUCAUCUCGUUGGAACUUUAGAACUGUCUCGCGACCCCACACCGGUCAUUUCAAGGCCCUCUACUCCCACAAGCAGGCAUCGCAAAGCUGCACUGGUAUCAUCGCCAUUAGCCUCUGCUGCCACCGUAAAUGCUCCAAACAUGAACUGGGAACGAUUACCAGACUACAGUCCUUCUGUGUCGCUAUUGCCCAAUAACAACAAAUGCUUGAAAGUUGAGUGGAAGGGCUCGUCCAUGGAUCUAUCAGACGACCCUUUGAGAGAUCGACUACAUCCAGCAGAGUUGCAAUUGGCCCAAAUACUAAGAUUGCCUUGCGACCUAUAUCUGGAUUCCAAACGCAGACUGUUUUUGGAAAAGAUGCAUCGGCUCAAGCAGGGUUUACCUUUCAGAAGAACAGAUGCUCAAAAGGCUUGCAGGAUCGACGUGAACAAGGCGUCACGGCUUUUCGCUGCCUACGAGAAAAUAGGUUGGUUGCAAGACGAUAAAUUUGAGCAGUUUCUAUGA